UGUAAACUUGUUUUCUUUUUUUAAAACUGAUCUUUGAUUCUUGUUGAUUUUCUAUGUGAUUAGAAUUGAUUGUCUAAGUUAUUCAUUAGUAGAUUAAUUGUUUGCCUUUUCAUUUGAGUGAAACAAAAUUCUUAUUCUAUUUUAUUUCUCCUCUUCUCUGUUUGGUUUCUAUCAAAAUGAUCAACACAGGUAAAUUAGCUGGUCGUACAGCUUUUAUCACUGGUGCCAGUAGAGGUAUUGGUAAAGCUAUUGCUCUUAAAUUGGCCAAAGAUGGUUGUAAUGUAGCGAUUGCUGCUAAAACGGUUGAUCCCCAUCCUAAAUUACCAGGAACCAUUUAUACUGCUGCUAAAGAAGUUGAGGAAGCUGGUGGUAAAUGUUUACCUCUUCAAGUUGACAUUAGAUAUGAGGAUCAAGUCAAAGAUGCCAUUGAAAAGACUGUUGCUAAGUUUGGUGGACUUGAUAUUCUCAUCAACAAUGCCAGUGCAAUCAAUUUAACCCCAACAGAAGUGACCGAUAUGAAAAGAUAUGAUCUAAUGCAUUCUAUUAAUACUCGGGGUACCUUUGUUACCUCUAAAACGGCUAUUCCACAUCUAAAGAAAUCCAAUCAUGCUCACAUCUUGAAUUUGAGUCCACCUUUGGUAAUGAAUUCACGAUGGUUCAAACCUCAUGUUGCAUAUACUAUGGCCAAGUAUGGAAUGUCAAUGUGUGUCCUAGGAAUGUCGGAAGAAUUUCGAGACGAUAAGAUUGCCGUUAACGCUUUGUGGCCUAGAACUGCUAUUUGGACAGCGGCUAUGAAUGUGAUUACCGAAGGACCUGAAGUGAAAAAAAUUUGCAGAAAACCGGAUAUUCUUGCUGAUGCUGCUUAUGGUAUUUUAACCAAAUCACCUGAACAAUUUACAGGUCAAUUUGUUGUUGAUGAAACUUUCCUUAAACAAGAAGGUGUCACCAAUUUUGAUCAAUACGCUGAGGUUCCCGGUGAAAAGUUAAUGUUGGACUUUUUCUUACCCGAUGAAUAUUAUGAGGGUGAAGAUAUUCCUGAAAAUUUUGGUGAUCAGGCUAAACCAUCAGCCACCAGUGGAGUCUUUAAGGUGGAUAAGGUUUUCAAUGGGAUUAAAAAUUUACUUGAUGACAAUUUAAAGAGUCAAAUUAAUGCUCUUCUAUUUUUCCAAAUAUCUGGUAAAAAUUGGAUCGUUGAUGCUCAUGAGAGUAGACCAAUUGUCGUCAAUCAAAAUGAUAAUCCUUCAGGAAAUCCCGAUGUUACCCUUAUCACCGAUGAAGAUACUUUCUACAAAAUGGCCAAAGGUGAUAUCAAGGCAACAAACGCUUUUAUGGCCGGUAAACUAAAGAUCAAGGGAAACAUUUCGGUAGCCAUGAAACUAGAGAAAUUGUUUGUCCAAAUCAAAGCAAAACUUUGAUUAUUCUCUAAACGUUAUAUUCAUCUUCCUAAUCAAUCCAAUUAUUAUCAAUUAUUAAUGUGAACACAGAUGAAAAUUGUAACCUUAACAAAAAUUAUUUUAUAAACAUUUUUUCAACAAUUAUAA